GCGGCGUUUCCAUCCAGCCUACCUACCUAGGCUAUCAGUUUGGCAUAACUUAAAUUAAUUUAGUUUGGUUAAGGCGAUACAAACAUAAACUACAAUUAAAGUUAGGCCGUUAGGCCUCAUCUUGGAAUUGGAAGCAGGUAGGGGUAUUAAGUAUUCGAUUUGGAGGGACUUGGUGAAAGGUUUAAAUACAUAUUUUUAAUAGGAUAACAGAUCGUGGGUGAUUGACACAAACCAGAAGACUAAUAACGGUAACUUAUUGAGUUAGUAAAAUGGACAAGAAAAGUAAAAAGAAAGAAGUGAAAAUGUAUUUUGUGAUACCUGAUGGAUGCAAUCAAGAUGAAGUCCAGGAUGGCUUGAAAAUGGCUUUUCAGGAGAGUAAGGAAGCUGGCCUUUCUCCUGAAUGGAUAACGGAAAAGGAUUGUUUGAGUAUUGAUUCCUCCAAGAAUGUGGUGUUUAUCCUUCAAGAGUUUAUUAAAGACUCAGAAACUUUUAAAAAUCUACGAUCAUCUAAGAGUUUCAGGGUAUGUGGACCAAUGUGCUUGCGGAGCUGUUUGGCAGAAAACAAACCUAUCCCCAUGAGCAAGAGCCCAGUGUUUACUGCUGCCAUGACUGACUUAGUGGUAACAGCAAGUCAGGUGCCCCCUGAAGUCAAAGCUGAAAUCAAAGAAAAGGUGAGCUUUAUGGGAGGAAUCUACAUCAGCAACCUGUCUGACUCCGUGACCCACCUUGUAACCAAUGCAGUACGAUCAGCCAAGUAUGAGGUGGCUGCUGAGAAGGGUCUCCCCAUCAUGAAGGUUGAUUGGGUGGAUUAUGUGUGGCGAGAGUCUCAGAGUCGCAACAUCAAAGCCACUGACCCUGAGAUAAUGGCCAAGUACAAGUGUCCAGUGUUCUUCAACAUGUUCAUAGCCUGCUCAAACCUUCCAAAGAAAGAAAAAGAGAAAAUUAAGGAUCUCGUAACAAAACACGGUGGCACGUUCACACCAUCCAUGCGGCAGUAUGAGACUACUCUACUGGUGGUAGAGGAGCCACAAGGUGUAAAGUACCAACAUGCCAGAUCCUGGGACCUGCCUUGUGUACGGCCGUCCUACAUCUACGAGAGUGUAACCAAGGGAUACGCUGUGGCCAGCAAGCAGCACCUCGUGGAGCCUAGCGUGCAGUGUUCGACCCCCACAAAGGAGGAUGACAUUGCCAAUUUUACUUACAACUCUGAUCCAUCAAUAAGUGUGAUAAACUUUGACACCAACAAAACUCACAUAGAUGAAACUCAAAUGUCAAACAUGACACAAGUGAGUUCCCUGCAAAGACAGCCUCUACGGCCAUCAGGAAACAAUCAUAUUCAAAUCCUGAAUUCUCUGACCAUAUCUGAGGCUAAAAAAGCAGGAUCCUUUGUCGAUGGAUGCAAGGUAUAUCUGAGUGGUUACAGAGGGAUGGACUUAGAGAAGUUAGUUCGUAUUCUCAGCUUGGGAGGAGCAACAGUGUUUUCCGAAAUGUCAGAUAGUGUGUCUCACGUUAUACUUGGUGAAUUUGUAAUAGAUGAUGUGAAAGCACUAUCUGGUUUUGCUCAGAAACCACAUGUUGUUAGCCUGGAGUGGUUGGCAGCUUCUAUCAAACAGCGAGCUCCUGCUACAGAGGAAUCUUAUCACUGUCUAGAACCAAAGAGGUUGCCCGAGCCCCCCUCUCCCCUCAGUCAGAAGGGAAUGGAGCUGCUGAAACCCCCAACUGAUGACAGUGCAGCCUCUAAGAUGCCUCCCCCUCCUGAGCCCCCUGUCAAUAGAAAACUCUUCUCAGAGUUCAUCAAAGAAAAUAUCAAAUCUGAUGUGUCGCCCAUGAAGUCAAACCAAAAUCAAUCUGUUAACUCAACAACUACAAGCCAGGAUUCAUAUGUGCCUGACUUAUUUCUGGGCAAGAAAUUCCUUGUGGUUGGAUACGAUACUGAACUAACCCAAAACAUUGUGGAAGCCAUAGAAGAGUCUGGAGGUACUGUUGUGGCAACCAAUUUUAAAGGAGUCCCUGACUAUGCUGUGGUGCCCGUAGAAACUCCUGUGCCUAAUGUUACUGCAAUGGAAGUAGUAACACCCCUGUGGCUGGAGGAUUGUAACGAUGCUAAAGAGUUGGUAAAAAUAGAAUAUUACCAUCAACCAUUAAUUGUAGACACAGAAAAGAAGCCUCUGACUAGCUGUUGCUUGACACUGAGCAGCUACACUGGCCGAGAGAAGGCAUUCCUAGUACAAAUGACAGUGGCUCUCGGAGCUGUGUACCAGGACACCCUGGUUAAAGUGGCUAAGAAGAGUGGAGACCAAGAGCUGCUAGCUUCCACUCACCUUGUCUGCCCCAAGCCUGAGGGUAAGAAGUUCACUGCUGCCACUAGGUGGGGUCUGACAAUAGUUACCAAGGAUUGGCUUCUGGCUUGUGCACACUCUAGUUCAAAAGUUCCAGAAACCAGUUUUCUGGUCUCAGAAAUAGCAGACUCGUCAGCCAGUAUUGGAUAUCAAUCGCUCAGUUCAGUGACCAAGCAAACCACAUCAACAUCUGCAGUGGUCAGCACUCCUAAGCCUACAACUUUCUCAACUAAGGAGGCUGAUGUCAACUUCAAGACUCCCACCAGUGGUCCUGCCAACCCUCUGCCCCACCCUGCUGUCAACUCACUGAAGCGCAAGAGUUCUGCAAUCACACCUGAUGAUCACAGUCCCUUCCAUGUUUCCACACCUGACACACCAUAUGGACAGUUUGUAGCAACUCCGACAACUGAAUCAAAAAAGCGAUGGAAAAGGUACAUUGAUGAGUUCCCUAGUAAACCACCAUCACCUUCGUCCUCACCCAGGAACCCACGAAGACAAAGCACACCUAUCUCAGAAUUAAAAAGAAGAGCAUUUGCCCUAGCUUUAGAGACUUCUGAGGAGAACGUCAACCCUAACUAUUCAAUAGAGGAAAUGGAAGAGGAACCUGAAAGUGCACCAAACCAACCUUCAGUAAAUGCAUCAAUGACCAGAGAAACAACUACUCCAAGAACAUCUGCUGUGCAAUGCAAAAAGAACAUUGAUAGCAACACUUCACUGAGUGCUGCAGCUGGUUGGUCCUCACCAUCUGUCUGUGACUUCAAAGUUUCAAAUGGUACUCCAUCAUCAAACAAGAAAAAGAAUAUAGAUACAAAAACCCAAGAAGAGGAAACCAGAAAUGAAAUGGUUUGCAAAAUGCUUCAUCAACUCCAUCAAAGGCUGAGUAAUACUCCAAACACAUCUUCAGAAGAGAAACGACCCCACCUCAACUAUAAGCACCUCACUAACUACGAGAAUCAACCAGCAACUUCCUCAUACAGCACACCUGCAGCAAACCCAAUAUUAGACCCAGAGUCACAACCAAUCCUGAUGGGCUGGGAUGAUCCUGUAGAAUCUGCUGAGAGAGCCAGAAUGAUGAAUAUGUCUUCAUCAGCAACAAGUAAACCUAGGAGGUUUGUCUUCUCUAAUGUUGAAGAGAAGGAGUUGUGUGAGGAGAGACUGCGAGAUUUGGGUGAGACAGUCAGUGAAGUUGCAGGGUUUGACAUGGAGACCACACAUCUGAUUGUAGACAAGCCUGUGCGUAGUGAAAAGCUGCUGUGUUGCCUGGCUGGAGGCCGCUGGGUUCUCCACACCUCCUUCAUUGAGAGAAUGGUGGCCUGUGGAAAAUAUGUGCCUGAAGAAGAGAAGUUUGAAUGGGGCAAUCCCCUGAGCAGUGGUCGGCUUCCCUCAUUUCCACCUGGUGACUUGGCCCAAGAGUUAGCAGAGUCAGCCUACAGAUGGCGAACAAAGGUUAAUGGAUCUGCCGAAGGAGCAUUUAAAGGAUUAAAGGCCAUGUUGUUCACCACCCCAGCCAAGAGUGUGUCGUACCAACGGCUGAUUAUUGCUGGAGGAGGAGUUGUACUUCCAUCUAUUUUGUCUUCGGUGAGUAUGGCGACACACUGCUUCAUGGAGAUCAACAAAGUCCCAAACCUGACUGUGCCUCUGAGUGAGUUUGUAACUAACAACGUGCCUUGUCUGCUGCCUGUCUACCUAGCAGAGAUGCUCACUAGCGCCUCACCAAACAUGCAAGACUCGCUCAUACCUGAAUAUAAGAAACUUUUGGCACAAAACAAAUGAACAAAUAUCACAAAUACUUUUAAAAUGCCUGAGUCUUUCAUUAUUCUUGAGAAUAGAAUGCUUUUAAAGUGUGUAUUUAACCCUUUAACCCUUUGGAAAACAAUUAACAAUCUGGCUAAGUUGCACAUUUUGUUUGAUUGUCGAUGUAGGGACUUGAAGUUGUAGAUUUUAAUUUUAAGACCAUGUACUUUCCAAUGAAAAUUUAUAAUUUGUAAAUCUAAAGCCGUUUGCUGUAAGAUGAGUUUGAAAGUUUAAUUUUAUUUCCAGUAAGAUGUAAAAAUAACAUUAUACUAGCAUAAGUUAACUUUUUGUUUAAUUUUUUUUUUUAUUAGUUUAGCAGUAACCUCAAUUUUUUAUAGUUUAAUUUUUUGUCAUUAUUAGUUUGGCAAACACCUCAAUUUCUAAUAUUGUAAUUUUUUUUACCUUUUCAAGCUCAGAGUAUUGUCCUCUAAAAAUUUACUUUUAUGACAGAAUGCAUUUUUAAAUCUAUUUAAUUUUGGGAACUGUCAUUAUUGUU